AUGGGAUUUCAAAUGCCGGUAGGAUUUCGAUUUCACCCGACUGUUGAAGAGAUUUUUAUGUUUCUUCGAAUGAAGGUGAAUGGAGAGACGUUGCCUCACGACGAGGUGGGUGAGUUUGAUAUCUAUGGGAACCGGGAGCCAUGGAUUAUAUUCGAUCCCACGGUGAAAAAACAAUUCUUCGUCUUUACGAAGUUGAAGAAGAAGAGCAAGUCAAGGAGGGAUAGAGUUGUUGGGUGUGGCACUUGGAAGAUCGAACACACUCAAGAAAUUCGUGAUCUUAAAAACAACAAACUCAUUGGAAUCAAGAAAUCUUUUGUCUUCAAAUAUACAAAGAACAAGGCCAAAGGUACUAACCGCAAUGGCCACUGGAUCAUGAAGGAGUUUUCUUGUCGAGACUACUCAAAGGUGGAAGAUUUUGAUGAGUACGUCAUUUGUAAAAUCAGAAACAAAGACUUGGAUAAAAUGAAAUAUCCAAUUAGAAACUUUCAACACCAUGCCCAACCAUCCAAUAAUCAACAAGUUGCAGUCGUGGAGCCCAACGAAAUACACCAAAACAAUGGUGAGAUCAAGAGAAAUUUGAGCCCUGGAGAAGAAAAUAUUGUUGCCCAGCAGACGUACCCUAUUGCUGCUGUGCCUGUGUCAUCAUCUUCAGCAGAAUUUUACGCAACAACAUCUCCACCAUUACUUACGGUGUUUGAAGAUGAUGAGUUUCGUGCAAUUUAUGAUGAGAUUAGUGAAAUUUGUGAUGAUCAACAACCCCCCACGUAUACGUGCGAUGGUGCUAGCAGCUAG